AUGUCUGAAAAUCUUGGUUGUAACAUUAGUGUCAAACUUCACUGUUUAGACUCUUUGACAGAUCAUUUUCCUGAAAAUCUCGGCAACUUUAGUGAUGAACAAGGAGAAAGUUACCACCGAGAAAUUCGUACCAUGGAGGAACGAUAUGAGGGUAGAUGGGACGAGCACAUUUCAUCGGUGAUGGAUGACGAUGCGGAUAGUACUUUUUAUAAGCAAGAGAAUACUCAAGAUGUCAUUUUAAAUAAUAAAGAAAGCAAUUCUCAAGAGUCUACGAGCAGUAAUGUAAAUGCCGGUAAUGCUGAAAAAGCAGAGGAAAAUGUAACUACAAAAAACAGUUCCAGUCGCCAACUGUUGACCAUGUACCAUCAAGGAAAAGGAAACGCGAUGAUCCAUUGGAUAAUGACGCAUACAAGAUAA